GGCUAUAAACUGGCACUGAAAAAAGAAAGUGAAAGGGUUGGUAGGCCUACACCUAUAAAAAACACUUUCUUAUGUCAAGUGAAAAUUGACCUGACUGUUAUUCAAAUGUAGCACACUUUGACAUACUUAAACUAUAGUCGCUGUUAAUUCUGGGAUUUUAUACUCAGAAUCCACUGAUAAUGAGAUAACAAGGUUUUAUUCUUAGUGCAAAGUUUUGAGGAUGUUAGCCAGAUUGUCAAUAAGAAAGAGUUGACAUUGACAUUUGAUAUUGAGGUAAAUCAGUGGUGGGAAGUAACUAAUUACAUUUCACUAUACUGCUGCAACGAUGAAUUGGACACUGACAGGCAGUUAAUGGUAGAGAGGUGGUGCCUUUUACAUUUUGAUACUUUUGAUCCUUUGCAUAUUGUAUUGACCGGGAUCUCUGCAGAUGUCAGUGAGUUAAAAUUAGAGUGUGGGUCUUUGGUGUGGACUUCUUGGCUAUAAACUGACACUGGAAAAAGAAAGUGAAAGUGUAGGUACACCUAUAAAAACACCUUCUCCUGUCAACAUUGGAGGGUCACUGUCCAGCGCCACAUAAGCAAAGAUUAAACCAGUGAUAACCAACAUUUUUGGCUUGGGGCAUUUCAUAAAGAAAUCCAGCAGCUAUGGGAGCAGCAUCUUCAGUCCUUAGUGAGCCAUGGAGGCAGCUGCCACAGAACAACAAGGCCAGUCUCGAUUUCGUGAAAUCUUAUCAACCUCGAAACAAAGAAGUCAAACAUCUCAGAAUUCUGCUUCAUGGGCCAGUUGGUGCUGGCAAGUCCAGUUUCAUCAACUCCGUUGACAGUGUUUUACAAGGCAGAGUGACCGCUCGAGUUAUGGCAGAUGCAAUCUCUGGGACCAGCUUUACCCGAAAAUAUACAGGUUACAAAAUCAGGAAAGAACCGAUGGGCCAUUACUCAUUCACUUUCAAUGACAUCAUGGGUUAUGAGCAACACGCUAACAGGGGAGUCCAUGUGGAAGACGUCAAGCUGGCCCUGAGAGGACACGUGAAAGAACAUUAUGAGUUCAUUCCUGGACGCCCACUGAAAGAGGGUGACCUAGACUACAACUCAUCUCCCACACUGGAUGACAGAGUUCACGUUCUGGUUUGUGUUAUUCCUGCAGCCUCAGUGUCUAUAAUAAGUGACGAUGUUGUGAAGAAGAUGAGAGAAGUCAGACUGGCAGCCAGUGACGUGGGGAUUCCCCAACUGGUUAUUAUCACCAAAGUUGAUGAAGCAUGUCCUGAGGUCAGAAAAGAUAUAAAGAAUGUCUAUAAGAGCAUAUACCUGAAGGAACAGGUUGACAAGAUCCACAAUUUGCUGGGCAUUUCGCUGAACUCCAUCUUUCUUGUGAAGAACUACUGUUCAGAAAUCAAUGUAAAUGAUGAUGUUAGUGCUCUGACGCUGUGCGUGCUGAGAAAGAUGCUUUCCUUUGGAGAAGACUUCAUCAACAACCUGUAGACCUGCAAACUGCUGAGGCCAAUUUUUCGGAAUCUGGUUUUCUUGCGAAUGUUCCAACAGUUAAAGUAAUAUGCACUGAUUUUAAUUUUAAUUUUCAAGCAUGCUAUAUUUAUAAUAUUCAUUGUAUGUGUUAAAUUUGUGUCAUACAUACACACACACACACACACACACACACACACACACACACACACAUAUAUAUAUAUAUGUAUACUGUAUAUAUACACACGCAUACACUAUACUCGUAUAUAUACUGUAUAUAUAUGCAUGGAAUGGUUACUAAAUGAGGCAGAGGAAUAACUACACAUAAGACCCAUCAAGCAGAGAGAGAAUGAGAGAGGGAGGGUGAGAGAGGAGUCAUCGUUAAAGAGGCUUCGUACAAACAACUACGACCAAUUCAAACCAAGUGAGUUGGACAUAAAGACCUUCCUCUAAUAACUGUCUGUUAGGUUCUGGAGUUGAAAGUAAAUAAUGGCUAAAUCAUUGUGGAUCCCAGAUGGAGGCUGUGCUGUGUGUGAGAGUCAAAAUAAAAAAUACAGUCAGUGUAGGAACACCUUGGUGCAAGCAUGUGCCAACUGGGCUUAGUCCUUGCCCCGGCGGUCUGGGUUUGAGUCGGCCUGUGGUCUUUUGCUGCAUGUCAUCCUCUCUCUCUCUCUCUCGCUCUCUCUCUCUCUCUCAUUAUGACUGUAAUAAAGGCAAAAUCCUGAAAAAAUAAAGUAAAUCUGAAA